AUGAUUUCAUCAGCACAGAUCACCCUUUGUACGGGUGGAAUCCCAGUGUCCUGGGACUAUAAAAACCCACGGCUCAUUGGAGAACACACCAUCACACCAUCAGGUCUAAGAACCCCUGGACAUAAGGCAACUCUCGGCCAAACUGCAACCAUGAAAUUCUCCCUCAUCACCGUCCUUGUUGUUGCUCUGGCCAUUGGCUCUGAGUCAGUAUCUCUGGUCAAGAGAGACGCUCCUGCUGAGCUGGACAAGAUCGCCAAGUACUUCCAGGACCUCGUGGACAAUCUGAAGAACGUCGAGGGCCCUGAGCUGGCCAACAAGGCAAACGCUUACCUCGAGCAGAGCAGAGCCCAGCUCCAGCCCAUGGUUGAGAAGCUCCAGGAGCAGCUGAAGCCCCUCUCCAGCAACAUUGAAGAGCACAUCAAGCCUCUGGCUGCCUCCGUCCAGGCUCAGGUCGCCCCCCUGGCCGGCAUGGUCCAGACCCACGUUGAAGACGUCCUCAAGUUUGUGGCUGACAAGACCAAAGCCAUCCUGCCGCCUCAGUAAACCCAUAGAAUCACCAACCAUUGCUCAUUUUUCUUUCAUUUUGGUCUCUUUAUGUAUAUUUUAAAUAAUAAAAGGGAUUCAAAGGUCA